AUGUCAGGAAUACAAUUAAAUACUAUUCUUUCACAAUUUAAAGAAUAUGCACCACUUUAUCUUGCUGAUCAAUCAUGGGAUAAUGUUGGAGUUCUUGUUGAACCUAGUGAAGAUAAUCCAAUUAUCGAAAAAAUUUUAUUUACAAAUGAUUUAACAGAACCAGUAUUAGAUGAAGCUAUUGAACGACAAGCACAAUUAAUUAUUAGUUAUCAUCCACCUAUUUUUAGUCCUUUAAAACGUUUAACACAAAGUAAUUGGAAAGAAAGAAUUAUACUUAAAUGUAUAAAACAUGGAAUUACAGUUUAUUCACCUCAUACAUCAUGGGAUGCAGUUGAUAAUGGUGUUAAUCAAUGGCUUAUAUCAGCAUUUGGAACAAAUGAACAAGAUUAUACAUCACGUCCAAUUGAACAGGUCAAAGAAAAUGAUACACCAUCAAAAAGUCAACAUUUACUAACAGUAACUCUGCCAAAAGAACAAAAUAUUAAUCUAAUUAAAGAUAUUAAAGAUGCUACUGUCAUCAAUGAAAUAUCUUGUACUACAUCAAAUGGUCCAGCAAUUCAAGUAUCGAUCUCAUGUUCAUCACGAGCUGUAAGUUCAAUAAUGGACUUAUAUCGUAAUGAAGAUAAUAUUCUUAAAACAAUUCAAAUUGUUGAUGUUCAAAAACCAUUAGAUUCUCGUCAAGGAUAUGGACGUUUAAUUCAACUAAAAGAAUCUCGAACAAUUCGUGAAGCUAUUGAAAAUGUUAAAACAUUAACUGGUUUGAAACAUAUUCGUCUCGCACUAGCUAAUAAUAAAACAAUAGAUUCUCCUAUAAAAACAAUAGCAGUUUGUGCUGGUUCAGGUUCAAGUGUAUUUGCUGGUGCCCGAAAUGUUGAUCUUCAAUUAACUGGUGAACUUUCACAUCAUGCUGUAUUAGAUGCUAUACAUCGUGGUACAACAGUUAUUUUAUGUGAUCAUACAAAUACAGAAAGAGGAUUUUUAAAUAUUAUUAAAAAGCAUUUCGAACAAAUAUGGAAUGAAAAUCAAGUGAAAUUAUUGAUAUCAGAACGUGAUAAAGAUCCAUUAGAAAUUGUUUAA